AAGAGCAAGCAGGUCUUUUUAUGUUGUUUGUUUUUGUUAAACAUGUAAAAUCCCUAGGAAAGGAUGCAAGUCAGACCUGCUUUGCAGAAGGUGUCUGGAAGCACAAGAAGGUUUCACUAACAUCAUCUUAUGUUGGACAGGACUGCCUCUGAUAAAGGCAAAAUGGCUUUCAGUAAAGGAUACCGUGUCUAUCACAAGCUGGAUCCACUUCCAUUCAGUGUGAUAGUGGAAACCAGAAACAGAGAAGAAUGUCUCAUGUUUGAAUCCGGAGCUGUGGCUGUCCUCUCUUCUGCAGAAAAAGACACAAUCAAGAAUACCUACUCCAAAGUAAUGGAUGCGUAUGGGCUUUUGGGUGUAUUAAGAUUAAACCUUGGAGACACGUUGUUACAUUAUCUGGUUCUAGUAACAGGAUGCAUGUCUGUGGGAAAGAUUCAAGACUCUGAAGUUUUUCGAGUUACUUCCACUGAAUUUGUAUCGUUACGAAUUGAUUCAACAGAUGAGGAUCGUAUUUCAGAAGUGCGCAAAGUUUUGAACUCGGGAAACUUUUAUUUUGCGUGGUCUGCAACUGGUGUCAGUUUAGAUCUUAGUCUCAAUGCUCACCGCAGCAUGCAGGAGCACACCACAGACAAUAGGUUUUUCUGGAACCAGUCACUGCAUUUACAUCUGAAGCACUAUGGUGUGAACUGUGAUGACUGGUUGUUACGUCUCAUGUGUGGAGGAGUGGAGAUAAGGACAAUUUAUGCGGCUCACAAGCAAGCAAAGGCUUGUCUCAUUUCACGACUAAGCUGUGAACGGGCUGGCACCAGAUUUAACGUCCGGGGAACAAAUGAUGAUGGUCACGUUGCUAAUUUUGUUGAAACAGAGCAGGUGAUAUUUUUAGAUGACUCUGUGUCAUCUUUCAUACAGAUUCGAGGAUCUGUUCCAUUAUUUUGGGAACAGCCAGGCCUGCAGGUGGGAUCCCAUCGUGUCAGAAUGUCAAGGGGUUUUGAGGCGAAUGCACCAGCUUUUGACAGGCAUUUCCAAACUCUUAAAAAUUUAUAUGGCAAGCAAAUUAUUGUAAAUUUACUUGGGGCAAAAGAAGGGGAGCACAUGCUCAGCAAAGCUUUUCAGAGCCAUUUGAAAGCGUCUGAACAUUCAGCUGAUAUCAAAAUGGUGAACUUCGACUAUCAUCAAAUGGUUAAAGGUGGAAAGGCAGAAAAACUACACAGUGUACUUAAACCUCAAGUCCAGAAAUUCUUAGAGUGUGGAUUUUUUUAUUUUGAUGGAAAGGAGGUUAAAAGAUCUCAAAGUGGUACUGUCAGAACAAACUGCUUGGACUGUCUGGAUAGAACAAACAGCGUGCAGGCUUUCUUUGGCUUAGAGAUGCUAACAAAACAACUGGAGGUAUUAGGAUUAGCUGAGAAGCCUCAGUUGGUUACUCGCUUUCAGGAAGUUUUCCGAUCCAUGUGGUCUGUGAAUGGUGAUUCUGUCAGUAAAAUUUAUGCUGGAACUGGAGCCCUUGAAGGAAAAGCUAAGGCUGGAAAGCUGAAGGAUGGUGCUCGUUCUGUGACCAGAACGAUUCAAAAUAACUUUUUUGAUAGCUCCAAGCAGGAGGCCAUUGAUGUUUUGUUAUUGGGAAAUACCCUAAAUAGUGAUUUAGCAGAUAAAGCACGGGCUCUCUUAACCACCAGCAGUUUACGCGCAUCUGUAAAAGUGCUAAAGAGUAUGUGUGAAAACUUUUAUAAGUAUGCAAAACCGAAAAAAAUUAGAGUCUGCGUCGGGACCUGGAACGUCAACGGGGGGAAGCAGUUUCGAAGUAUUGCCUUUAGAAAUCAGACCCUCACUGACUGGCUUCUAGAUGCACCGAAGUUAGCUGGUAUUCAUGAAUUCCAAGAUCGCAAAAGCAAGCCUGUAGACAUAUUUGCUAUUGGAUUUGAAGAAAUGGUGGAGUUAAAUGCAGGAAACAUUGUGAAUGCCAGCACAACCAAUCAGAAGCUCUGGGCUGCUGAACUGCAGAAGACUAUAUCAAGAGAUUACAAGUACGUGCUGCUGGCUUCUGAGCAAUUGGUGGGCGUCUGCCUUUUUGUGUUCAUCAGGCCCCAGCACGCUCCUUUUAUCAGGGAUGUUGCUGUUGAUACUGUGAAGACUGGCAUGGGAGGAGCCACUGGUAAUAAAGGUGCAGUAGCAAUUCGGAUGUUGUUUCAUACAUCCAGUCUUUGCUUUGUCUGCAGUCAUUUUGCUGCAGGGCAGUCACAAGUUAAAGAGAGAAAUGAAGACUUCGUAGAAAUAGCUCGCAAGCUCAGUUUUCCAAUGGGAAGGAUGCUCUUUUCCCAUGACUAUAUCUUUUGGUGUGGUGACUUUAAUUAUCGAAUAGAUAUUCCAAAUGAGGAGGUUAAGGACCUAAUACGACAACAGAACUGGGAUCCCCUUAUAGCAGGAGACCAACUUAUCAAUCAGAAAAAUUCUGGACAGAUUUUUAGGGGAUUUUUGGAAGGGAAAAUAAAUUUUGCUCCUACAUACAAAUAUGAUCUGUUUUCUGAUGACUAUGACACCAGUGAAAAAUGUCGCACACCAGCAUGGACAGAUCGUAUUCUUUGGAGAAGAAGAAAAUGGCCUUUCGACCGAUCAGCUGAAGACCUGGAUCUUCUGAAUGCUAGUUUUCACGAUGACAGUAAUGUCCCUUAUACAUGGAAUCCUGGUACUUUGUUGCACUACGGAAGAGCAGAGCUGAAAACGUCUGAUCAUAGGCCUGUGGUUGCAUUAAUUGACAUCGACAUAUUUGAAAUUGAAGUAGAAGAGAGACAAAAAGUUUAUAAAGAGGUGAUCGCAAUGCAAGGACCACCUGAUGGUACUGUAAUGGUCUCCAUCAGAAGUUCUUCGGCAGAAGAAAACUAUUUUGAUGAUAACUUGAUUGAUGAUCUUCUGCAAAAAUUUGCAAGCUAUGGUGAAGUUAUACUUAUAAGAUUUGUGGAAGACAAGAUGUGGGUAACAUUUUUGGAAGGAAGCUCUGCUUUGAAUGUUAUGAAUUUGAAUGGCACUGAGCUACUAGGAAGGAUUAUAAACAUAAGCUUGAAAAAUCCAGAUUGGAUCAGAAGUUUGGAAGAUGAAAUGAAUCUAGAGAAGAUUAAUAUUGGGCUGCCUUCAUCAACAAGCUCCACUUUGCUUUGUGAAGAUGCUGAGGUUACUGCAGACUAUGACAUGGAAGGAGACAUUGAUGACUAUAGUGCUGAAGUAGAAGAAAUCCUUCCUCAGCAUCUACAGCCAACUUCAAGCUCUGGUCUUGGAACUUCCCCAAGCUCUUCACCGCGUUCCAGUCCCUGUCAAUCCCCUACGCUCUCAGAUGGACCUGCACUCCCAGUGCGACCGAGCCGAGCACCAACAAAAACUCCUGGACCACCUGUUUCCACACACACUGAAUUUCAGCUUGGUACCCAGCAGAAAGAGUCUUCUCAGAGCUUGGAGCCUAAGCGUCCUCCACCACCUCGCCCUGUUGCUCCUCCUGCACGCCCCGCUCCACCACAGAGGCCGCCUCCACCAUCAGGUCUUGGAGCUCCUCCCAGUCCUGGGGUAGCUAGGAGAGAAGUAGAAGUUCGUAAUCAGCCUCCACCUUCAACUGGAAUUCCAAGCACAGGAACUGCUGGAUAUGGUACAACCAGACCGACUGUUCCACCUCGAGCUGGAGUUAUUAGUGCACCACAAAGCCAUGUCCGUCCCUCUGGGGGAAGACCAGCACCUGAAACUCAGACCAAACCAGCUGAACCACCAAGGGGCUCACCAUUGCUUCCUGAACCACUAAAGCCUCAGACUGCUGGACCUGCUCAGCCCACCACUCAGCCACUGCCUGUGCUGAGAAUGCAGGAACCUCUGAUACCUGUGGCAUCGCAUCCAUCUCAGACAAGUGCCCCACAAAGUCUGGAACCCCCACAACCGCCUCCUCGUAGCCGAUCAUCUCACAGUUUGCCUUCUGAAUCUGCUCCUUCACAGCAGCAAAUUAAAACAAAUGGAACAUACGGCACUAAACUUGAAACACAGUUAAACAGUGACCCUUUUGAAGAUUUGUCAUUUAAGCUGCUUGUGUCAAAGAUGCAGACGUCUGUUCGAACAUCACCUGUUCUGACUUCAAACCAAAAGGAGUUGUUACAGUUGCCUUCAGCAACACAAAGAAAUGCUGAUAUUUUGAAUACUGUAAAUUGCAUGCCAGCAAUGCCUCCUAUUCCAACCUUUAACACAUCCCAGGAACAUAAGCGCAGCUCUCCAAAUCCAUUUAUUACUGGACUGAACUGCACAAAUCCAUUCACUGAAAGAACUCCUAAUGCUGGAAACCCAUUUAGAACAGAAACGCAGGAGUCUGAAAUAACUUCACGUUUACUAGAAGGACGUGCUGCUUGCAAUCCUUUCCCUUCUCUAAACCCCCCAAUUGUAAUACAAGCAAGCCUGUAUUUUCUGUUGAUGCAUCUGAAAACACUUUUUGCUCGCGAAGUAAAUCUCUCAUGGUAAAAAAUGUACAGCCAAAAGGAUGGGUAACGUUUGAGGAGGAGGAGGAGAAUUUCAACGUAAAGCUAAAG